ACAGAUUGACAUGAUGCAACGAGUACGAAACCCAAGUCGACAGCUAUGCUGGGCUUCCACCCUCUUCGCUUGCCAUUCAUGCUACCGAUAGCCGGCACACUCCCGAACGCCGCCCUCCUCCCGGCGAUCACCAGGGUCUCCCUCCGCCGGAUCCCGCCGCGAGCCAGCAUGAACGCCGACGCCGCCUCCGCCUCCGCUCCGGACGCUGCCGCCGCCGCUGGCGAGGAGGGCGCGAAGGAAGCGGUGGACGUCCUGGUUCAAUACGUGGUGCUGCGGCGCGACCUGGCGGACGCGUGGCCGCUGGGGAGCGUCGUGGCGCAGGGCUGCCACGCCGCCGUGUCCGCCGUGUGGGCGCACCGGGACCACCCGGACACCGCCGCUUACUGCGCGCCUGACAACCUCGACCGAAUGCACAAGGUAACACUGGAGGUGAAAGGAGAGACACAGCUGAAGAACCUGUCUGAGAAGCUGCAAGCAGCUGGUGUCAGGCACAAGCUGUGGAUAGAGCAGCCUGAGAACAUCCCCACAUGCAUAGCCACAGCACCCUGCCCAAAGUCGCAGGUGUCUUCAUUCUUCAAGAAGCUCAAGCUUUGCAAAUGAGCAAAGAACAUGUAUUGUCACUCCAUCUGCUACUGUCAUUACAGAGGAUCAUCAAAACUUUCAAAACUGCACAUGUCUGUUCCAUGACAUGUUCUGCGAGCAACAUAGCCAUCGAUAAUUAGAUAUUUCAGCAACAUAAUGGAGAUACUUGUGACGUAAUUUGCCCUUCUUAUUUUCCAUGAUUGUCCAUUCACUUACUGUAUACCUGUCUCAUCAGUUCAUCAAGGUCGAUAAAGUGAUGAAGUAUUUUGGAUUGGAGAGAGAUUAUCAUUUCUGUC